ACAUUCAAUCCAGUGUAACGUAAUAUUAUCAGAGUAUUACGUUUAACCUCCUCGAAUUACUAUUUUACGCAUAUAGGAAAAUUGGUUUAAAAUACCCAAUAUGACACGUGUAGCUGUCGUAACCGGUGGGAAUAAAGGCAUUGGAUUUGCUAUUGUAAAACAUCUUUGCAAACAAUUUGGUGGAGUUGUUUAUUUAACAGCUCGUGAUGUUACUCGAGGACAGAAUGCUAUUAAAGAACUUGAAAAACAAGGUUUAAACGCAAAAUUUCAUCAACUUGAUAUUACUGAUGAAAGUAGUAUUUCUACUUUUCAUGAUUAUUUAGAAAAAACAUAUCAAGGAUUGGAUGUAUUAGUUAACAAUGCUGCUAUUGCAUUUAAGACAACUGCUACAGAACCUUUUUCUCUGCAAGCUGAAGAGACAUUAAGAGUAAACUAUUUUAGCUUAAGAAAAGUAUGCAGCAAACUUUAUCCAUUAUUGAAACCACAUGCACGUGUAGUACAUGUGUCAAGUUCUUCUGGUCAUUUAUCAAGGAUUCCUGGUGAAUCAUUAAAGAAAAGAUUUUCAGAUCCAAAUCUUACAGAGGAACAAUUAGACAAUAUUAUGCACGAAUUUAUUGAUGCUGCAAAGACAAACACUCACUUAGAGAAAGGAUGGGCAGAUUCUGCCUAUGUUGCAAGCAAAGUCGGAGUAUCUGCUUUAGCUAGAAUUCAUCAAAGAAUGUUUAAUUCAGAUACUAGAGAAGAUCUCGUAGUGAAUGCUGUGCAUCCCGGCUAUGUAGACACAGAUAUGACUAGUCAUAAAGGUACUUUGAAGCCUGAUGAAGGUGCUGAGGCUCCUGUAUAUGCUGCAUUAUUACCAGAAAAUACAGACAUAAAGGGUAAAUAUAUCUGGUAUGACAAAUCAUUAAUGGAAUGGACAAAGGAUGAAUAAAUAUAUAACAAUAUGAGUUAUUUUGGAUGAAUGCUGUAAAAAGAUAUACUAUAUAUACAUAUACUUACUAUAUUAUCUUCAAAUUUAUUAGUUUUAUGUGUGAUUUACAGUUUUUUCUCUUUUUAUUUGAAAUACACAUGAUAACAAAUAAUUUGAAAAAAUUGUUACAAACAGAAACUAAUUUUUUUUAAUGUUACAUAUAAACUCAAUUUACACACUUGUAGAUUCAAAGUUUGUAUGUCAUUGUACACAAUUGUUAGCUUUAAUAGUAAAAAAUAAAUCAUUUUUAAAUCUAA